AUGAUUAGAGGGACAAUAGAAAUAUUUGUUUAUUUAAAAGAGUUAAGGAACAUUGAUCUUUUUUAACAGGGAGUUUAUCAACUUAAGAUUUGCAUAUAUAAGAAAGAUGAUACUUAAUUAGAUAUUAUAUCAGCUUAACCAUACAUGACUGUGGAGUAGAAGAGAUUUUUCAAUAAACAGACAACAGAUACUUAUGUGUAAUCUUCAAAACUCAUUGAUACAAGCUUUUACAGCAAAGCUUUUAUUAUUAAAUAUUGUGAUUAAGUUGUAGAGUUAAAUGAGGGAUGUGUGUUUAGAAUUGAAAUCCAAGCUUAUCCAGAAAUGAACCUUAACGAAUUAUAUUGCAUUAUUGAACUGCAUUUUUGUGAACUAAGCACUAUAACACAAGAGGAUUUUAAGCCAGAUCGAUUACAGAAUUAUCAAAAAUGCGUAGCGAAAUUUUCAAGCAAAUUACACAAUGUUAAAUUUAUAAAAGAAUAUGUCCCUUGUGUAUUUGAUGAAUCCCACUUUUGCUUAUUAAAAUUAAGUCUACACUCAGUUUUAGUUGACUUCAAAUAUUAUCAGCAAAAUGACUUAUCACUUCAAUAAUUUAUGAAUAAAAUAACAAAUCAAUGUAAAUGA